AACAAAAGACGGAAGAGUCAAUUAUUUUAAUAGUACUAUUGAAGACAAGUACAAAGACUAUUAAUCUAUUAUAUGACACUUUUUCAAAUAUGGAAAGAACAAAAUUACAAAAACUUUCGAAUCGGAAUUUCCUUCUUUUGGGGCAGUAGAUUUGGUAUCGGUUAUAUGGGAAAUAUUAAUCAAAUAUAAAUCAUUAUAGUAAAAUAUGGAAGCUUGUCAUUGUCUAUGUUCAAGAAAAUUUACAAGACGAAUACUGGUUACUGGAGGUGCAGGGUUUAUUGCUUCCCAUGUUGUCAUCAUGUUGGUGAAAAGAUAUCCUGACUAUUUCAUUGUCAACUUGGAUAAGCUUGACCACUGUGCCUCUUUAGAAAAUCUUAGAGCAAUUGAAGGAAAACCAAAUUACAAGUUUAUUGAGGGAGAUAUUUGUGAAGCAACAUACAUGAAGUAUUUGUUCCAAUCAGAAAAAAUUGAUGUUGUCAUGCAUUUUGCUGCACAAUCACAUGUAGAUAAAUCAUUUUGGAGUUCACUUGAAUUUACAAAAACCAAUGUUUAUGGCACACAUGUACUAGUGAAUGCUGCAUUUGAAGCAAAUGUUCAACGUUUUAUUCAUGUCAGUACAGAUGAAGUGUAUGGUGGUAAAUCUGACAGUGUACUGAUUGAAUCUUCUCCGUUUCGACCUUGCAAUCCUUACUCGGCAUCAAAGGCUGCUGCUGAAUGCAUCGUCAUGUCAUAUUGGGAGAGUUUUAAGUUCCCAGUUAUCAUCACUCGAAGUAAUAAUGUGUAUGGACCUCAUUCUCAUCCUGAAAAGGUUGUACCCAAGUUUAUAGCGCUUUUGCAAAGGAAUAGGAAAUGUUGCGUACAUGGAAAAGGAACACAAUCAAGGAAUUUUCUCUAUGUCACCGACGCAGCUGAAGCAUUUAUUUCAAUUUUACAUAAAGGUUUUGCAGGCGAAACUUAUAAUAUUGGAUCCGAUUUUGAAAUUUCUAUGGCAGAUUUAGCUAAAGAUCUUAUUAAACGGAUAAAGAAAGUUAGGACAGAUGAAGAGAUAGACAAAUACAUUGAAUAUGUAGAAGACAGACCGUUCAACGACCGUCAUUACCCAAUGGACUCUUCAAAAGUGGAAGCAUUAGGAUGGAAACCAGUUGUUCAGUGGCAUGAUGGAAUUGAGAAGACAAUUGAAUGGUACAUUGAUAAUUUCCAUAACUGGCCAGAUGCAGAACGUUCGCUCACUCCGUUUCCUAUUGGUAGUAAUACAAUGUACUAUCAUAAAGACGAUGGAACAGUUAUCAAAGUUUCAAAAAUGCCCAGAUGCAUUCCUUCAAAAGAUUCCUGUUGAUAUUGUCAUCAUUAGCUGUAAUAACAUUGGAUUAGCUACCAGAUUAUAUAUUGACUUAGGCUAUUGAAUUUAACUAAUGUUAGUUUUUGAAUAUUAGUCUACUUACUUUAACUUAUUGUGUUUUAUUCCUUUUUAUCGCCUUAUUCUAUGCAUUAACCAUUCUGAAUUGAGCGAAAUUGCUAUCCAGAGUACACAUGGUACAUGGUGUUGUACACGCGUAAAGUAAAAAAACGCGUAAUUAUUGAACAGUUAUACUAGCAUCGGCGUUUUAUACAUUAAUAAAUCAAUUAGGAUUACGUCUUGGUUUCUCGUUCUCAUCACACAGCCAGUGUUAACACACGCAAUUUUUGCUCCUAUUUUUUUAAAGAGGUUAACGUGUGGAAAUCGCAGGUCUUUACAUUAGGGAUCCGAACUAACAAUCAACAAAAUGAUCUAAAACGUAAAAUUAUGAGAGACCUAAUGUCUCAACCAUAACAUCCGUCGCGCUA